UGAAACUUGAAUUUUAAGUCAAGAUUUCAAGGAUUUAACGAGAGAGAGAAAAAUAAGAAAUAGCCAAUGUUCUUAAUAUGCUGUUGCAUCCCAAGAAUUAUGCUCAGUUUUAGAACAAAGAAACCUAAAUAUUAAACCGAUAUAUCAGAAUAAUUUUACUUGAGUGUGAUUUAACAUAAGGUAAAGAUUUGAAUGCCUGACCUGAAAGUGUGUGUGCGUGUGUAUGCGUGUGUCCGUUGGGGGGUGUUGACUUUCACAUGACAUUGACGCUCUGGAAAUGUUGAGUAGCUGCUGAUCUCAGACAGUCGUUGCUCGGUGGAUUCAGCACCACUCGCCCGUGGACAGCUCCCGCAGGACCGCUUUACAUGGACAGAAGGCUCAUUUACGUGCCAAGACAUUCUGGAAGUUUACAACUUGGAGAGGAAUCUACGGAUACCUCACUGCAUGACACACUGGAAUAUUGCUUUUGGGAAAGAAGCCAAAUUCACUGUUAACUGAAACUGGUUUGAUCGGGUGUUUGCGUGGUGGAUCUCUGCUGCUGUCUGAAAUCAGAGACAUGGCGACAAACAACACCAAAAACACCGAUGGACAAGUUGUGACGGAACUCAACGAGAUCACAACUAACGACAAACCCAAAGCGGAGGACGUCAAACCAGAGAAAAAGAAGAAAGACAUCCCAGACAGAGAAACUUGGGGUGGGAGAUUUGAUUUUCUCCUGUCAUGUGUGGGCUACGCCAUCGGACUGGGCAAUGUGUGGAGAUUUCCUUAUCUGUGCGGGAAAAACGGCGGAGGGGCUUUCUUGAUUCCUUAUUUUUUGACGCUUAUUUUUGCUGGAGUCCCUCUAUUUUUUCUUGAAUGCGCUCUUGGACAAUACACAUCCAUUGGCGGCCUUGGGGUUUGGAAACUAGCUCCAAUGUUCAAAGGUGUUGGUCUUGCGGCUGCUGUUCUCUCAUUCUGGCUGAACAUUUACUACAUUGUCAUCAUUUCCUGGGCAAUUUACUACUUAUACAACUCCUUUACCACUGAGCUUCCAUGGACAUCUUGUAACAAACCAUGGAACACAGACAGAUGUUAUACAAACUACAGCAUAGUAGAUACCACCAAUCUCACCAGUGCUGUCAUGGAGUUUUGGGAACGCAAUGUGCAUCAAAUGACUGAUGGCUUAGAAAAACCUGGUGAAAUUCGUGCGCCACUUGCAAUAACACUGGCCAUUGCCUGGGUCCUUGUGUACUUCUGUAUCUGGAAAGGUGUUAGCUGGACUGGAAAGGUUGUUUACUUCUCUGCCACCUACCCAUACUUCAUGUUGUUCAUUUUGUUUAUCCGUGGAGUGACCCUGCCUGGGGCUAAAGAGGGAAUCAUGUUCUAUGUCACUCCUGAUUUUGAGAAGCUGAAGGAGUCUGAGGUUUGGCUGGAUGCUGCAACACAGAUUUUCUUCUCCUAUGGUUUGGGUCUAGGCUCUCUUAUUGCUCUGGGCAGCUACAACCCUUUCAACAACAAUGUGUACAGGGAUUCUAUCAUUGUGUGCUGUAUAAAUUCCUUCACAAGUAUGUUUGCUGGCUUUGUGAUUUUCUCUAUUGUGGGCUUCAUGGCACAUGUGACAAAGAGAUCAAUAGCUGAUGUAGCUGCAUCAGGUCCUGGUUUGGCAUUUUUAGCUUAUCCAGAAGCUGUGACGCAGUUGCCCGUCUCACCACUGUGGGCUAUUCUCUUCUUUUCCAUGCUGCUGAUGCUGGGAAUCGACAGUCAGUUCUGCACAGUGGAGGGCUUCAUCACUGCUCUGGUGGAUGAAUUCCCACUGCUGCUCAGGAAAAGAAGAGAGAUUUUCAUUGCAUGUGUUUGCAUUGUAUCCUACGCCAUUGGGCUGUCCAACAUCACACAGGGUGGCCUCUAUGUGUUUAAGCUCUUCGACUAUUACUCAGCCAGUGGAAUGUGUCUGCUCUUCUUGGUGUUCUUUGAGUGUAUCUCAAUCUCCUGGUGCUAUGGUGUGAACAGAUUUUAUGAUAACAUCCAGGAAAUGAUUGGAUACAAGCCUUGUCUAUGGUGGAAACUGUGCUGGGUUUUCUUCACCCCUCUAAUUGUCGCUGGCGUGUUCCUCUUCAGCGCGGUGCAAAUGGUUCCUCUUACAAUGAACAACUAUGUGUUCCCUAAAUGGGGGCAAGGAGUAGGCUGGCUCAUGGCUCUGUCCUCUAUGGUUCUCAUACCUGGUUACAUGGUCUAUAUGUUCCUCACCCUGAAGGGAACAUAUAAAGAGCGGAUCAGGAUAAUGCUGCAGCCUCCAGCAGUCAAGCGUGCUCAGGAGAAUGGGCCAGACCAACAGCAGCUGCAGACACAGCCACAGCACCCGGAGCAAUCACUGCAGCAAUCACCGCCACUAGUGCAGCAACCUGACCCAGCACCACAGCCACCACAAGCACCACAAGCACUGCAACAACCGCCGCAGGCUGAUAGUUCCUCUUCGACUAACCCUGGCAAUGAUGCCAACGUUUAAAACAAGUAGAAGUGAACCCCAGCAGAGAGCAAUCAAAGAUUAACAACACAGAAGACUUCCAUGUUUAUACAGUAAUAGAAUCAUCUACCUCCAGGGGUCAUACAUAAUCAAGCUAAACAUAAAAAAAAUUUAAAAAAAUAAAAAAUAAAUAUAUAUAUAUAUAAGAACACAAACACAAAAACCCAUGCAUUUGAAAAACCUACACAGAUUUUGUAUGUUCUUCAAAUGUGAAGCAAAACGUGUCAGUGUUAAAUUACUUGUACUAUGUAUAUUGUGAAUUUGUCUCUACUAAGGUUAUACUGUGAGUUAGAUUUAAGGACAGUGCGUUGUUUGGCAAUGCACAAGCUGUUUAUGUGAGGUAUGUACUGUUUCUAUGUUGCACUGGGGACAAAGUGGGAGUAUGAGAAACUGGGCGAGAUUAUGUUACAUUCUGGGUCAUUUGGGCAAACCAACGUGUAUCAAGCAAGCCCUGUGUCUAAAGCACAAAGAAUUUUAGAGCCCUUGGGUGACUCGUCAUGUGUUGUUGAAUAUAUUUGUUGAGAAAGACUGUUACUAUUUAGUUUUUCAUGAGAAAAUGCUUGUAUGUGAUGAAAACAUUUUUAGAAUUAUUUUUAGAAUGCUUUGUACUUUAAUGUUGAGACCAAGGACCAAAAUCAUAGACUUAAGCAAAAACAAAUAUAUGCCUGCCAAUGUGUAGUAUGUAAAGCACAGGGUACAAAAUAAUAAUAAUUAAAUAAAUAAUAAUAAUAAAAACAAAAUGGAAGCAUUGCAAAACAUAGGGUGAACAUUUUUGCUGAUUAUACAUAUUAUUGAUGAGUACUGUCAAUCCAGUGUCCUGUUUACAUGUCCCCUCAGGAAUA